UGGAAGCGCGCGACGACUAGGGUUUUUAGCGCUGCUCUGCAUUCUCUCUCUCUCUCUCAGCCGUCUCCACCUCCACAGUCGCAGACAUGGUGUUCGUCAAGUCUCAAAAGUCGAAGGCCUAUUUUAAGCGGUUCCAGGUCAAGUAUAAGAGAAGGAGAGAGGGGAAGACCGACUACCGAGCCAGGAUUCGCCUGAUUAAUCAGGAUAAGAACAAGUACAACACUCCAAAAUAUCGGUUCGUGGUCCGAUUUACCAAUAAAGAUAUCACUGCCCAAAUAAUAUCAGCUAGCAUUGCUGGUGAUAUGGUGCUUGCUUCAGCAUAUUCUCACGAGCUGCCUCACUAUGGGCUGGAAGCUGGUCUGACUAAUUACGCAGCUGCAUAUUGCACUGGCCUGCUGUUGGCCCGCAGAGUUUUGAAAAAGCUUGAAAUGGAUAGUGAAUAUGAGGGAAAUGUGGAGGCUACUGGGGAGGAUUUCACAGUUGAACCUGCUGAGACCAGGAGGCCCUUCCGUGCUCUCCUCGAUGUUGGCCUUUUGAAAACAACAACCGGAAACCGUGUGUUCGGUGCUUUGAAGGGAGCAUUAGACGGAGGUCUCGAUAUUCCUCACAGCGAAAAGCGAUUCGCUGGUUUCUCAAAGGACAGCAAGCAGCUUGAUCCUGAAGUCCAUCGCAAAUAUAUCUAUGGUGGCCAUGUUUCCGCAUAUAUGUUGUCUCUGAUGGAAGAUGAGCCAGAAAAGUAUCAGUCUCACUUCGGUGCAUAUAUUAAGAAAGGAAUAGAGGCAGAUGAUUUUGAAGCUUUGUACAAGAAAGUCCACGCUGCCAUUCGGGCUGAUCCCACACUGAAGAAGUCUGACAAGCCGGCACCCAAGGAACACAAGAGGUUUAACUUGAAGAAGCUAACCUAUGAGGAAAGGAAACAGAAGUUGAUAGAGCGCCUGAAUGCCCUCAACUCAGCUGUUGGAGACGACGAUGAGGAGGAUGAUGAUGAGUGAAAUUAAUGUAUUUGCAGCUUUGAUUUCAGAACUACAUACUUUUAGCACUUUGUAAGCUUUUUGGUUCUCCAUUUUUUCGUUUGAUGUCAACGAUCUCAUAUUUGAAUUUUAGAAUGAGUGGAAGUUUAGAUUUUGGCUUCA